GUGCGCGGCGGGUGUCCCUGUGUGUGUGUGUACGAAUGGAAGUGGAAAGUGUGUGAUUAAGUGCAGUCGCUCUCCGGCGAACCAAAAAAAUCAUUCAACAGUAGUGUUUAAUGAACGGCUGAGCCAAGCCAACAGGAAACGCGAUCGCUCAACUCCCCCCGCCACGCUCUCUGUAUUUGUUGUUGUUGUUUUUUGUUUUGUUUUAUCAAGGAGCGGCGCGCCGGAACCAAUAGAAACCAACACCCACAAAGGCCACCAAGUCGCGUCAUCAGUGGAAGUGGAAAGGCAGCAGCAGCAGCAGCAGCAGAAGGAGAAGCAGUGGUAUUCCAGCUCCAGUUAGAGUCCUCGAAACAUGGACAGCAAGGGUCGAAAUGUCAUCGUCUGUGAUAACGGCACAGGGUUCGUCAAGUGCGGAUAUGCCGGCAGCAAUUUUCCCACCUUCAUUUUCCCCUCGAUGGUGGGACGACCCAUGAUUCGGGCAGUUAACAAAAUCGGCGAUAUCGAAGUCAAGGAUCUGAUGGUCGGCGACGAGGCGUCACAGCUGCGAUCCCUGCUAGAGGUCUCCUAUCCCAUGGAGAACGGCGUCGUGCGCAACUGGGACGACAUGUGCCACGUGUGGGACUACACGUUCGGGCCCAAAAAGAUGGACAUCGAUCCGACGAACACAAAAAUCCUGCUGACAGAGCCGCCCAUGAAUCCCACAAAGAACCGCGAGAAAAUGAUCGAGGUGAUGUUCGAGAAAUACGGCUUCGAUUCCACAUACAUUGCCAUCCAGGCUGUGCUGACGCUAUAUGCCCAGGGUCUGAUCUCGGGCGUUGUGAUCGAUUCGGGCGAUGGUGUCACGCACAUAUGUCCCGUGUACGAGGAGUUUGCCUUGCCCCAUCUGACGCGGCGACUGGACAUUGCCGGUCGGGAUAUUACUCGCUAUUUAAUUAAGUUACUGUUACUGCGUGGCUACGCCUUCAAUCAUUCCGCUGACUUCGAAACGGUGCGCAUCAUGAAGGAGAAGCUCUGCUACAUUGGCUACGACAUCGAGAUGGAGCAGCGUUUGGCCCUGGAGACGACGGUGCUGGUGGAGUCCUACACGCUACCCGAUGGCCGGGUAAUCAAGGUCGGCGGCGAGCGUUUCGAGGCGCCCGAGGCCCUCUUCCAGCCGCAUUUAAUCAACGUCGAGGGUCCGGGCAUUGCGGAACUGGCCUUCAACACCAUCCAAGCGGCGGACAUCGAUAUCCGACCCGAGCUCUACAAGCACAUAGUCCUGUCCGGCGGCUCCACCAUGUAUCCCGGUCUGCCCAGUCGGUUGGAGCGAGAGAUCAAACAGCUGUACUUGGAGCGGGUACUCAAGAACGAUACGGAAAAGCUGGCGAAAUUCAAAAUACGCAUUGAGGAUCCACCGCGACGCAAGGACAUGGUCUUCAUCGGCGGUGCUGUUUUGGCGGAGGUGACGAAGGAUCGUGACGGUUUCUGGAUGUCCAAGCAAGAGUACCAGGAGCAGGGUCUCAAAGUAUUGCAAAAGCUGCAAAAGAUCAGUCACUAGGAGAGGCGCGGCGACUGGUGUGAGAACGAAAAGUGAGGGAAGACCCUGAGAAAUAGGAUGAUGAACAAUUGUAUAAAUUUCUUUUGGCUAGUUUGUAUAAGUUGAAAAUUUUCAUUUUUGCGUGAUGUAUCUGUCUAUUAUAUGUGUGUGUUUUUCUUUUGUGUGCCUGCGUGCAGAAUUGGUCUUUAUUGUCUAUAGAUUGCCAAACAUCGCAGACAUGCCGUCGUCACUGCUCGAUUCCCGUACAAUGAAUUGUAAUAUUUCUUUCGCCGCGAGCCGAAAAGAGUGUAACCUAAAUUGUGUAGCCCUGCAUUAGUGUGUUUAAAUGAUUAUGAUUACGCCUAAACCCCCAUCUUGCUUUGAUGAAUAUAUAUAAUUUACCUACCUAUUAAUUUCCUGCACCUAGAGUAUAUUGAUAUUUUUGUAAACUCAAACUGUUUCAUUUCGAGCGAGUAUUUUUCACAUUAAGUAUUAACUAGGCCAAGUCUGCUAGUAGCAGCGAUUAUAAAUCGUGUGUGUAUGAGACAGAGACAGAGAUAGUGACAGAGAAAGAGACAGGGCGAGAAAGUUGCACAGCACAGAGAGAGAGAGGGAUAGAUAUCCUGCUUUCGCUAACUAAGAAAGACUCAUUCGAAUUUCAAAGUUCGAACCGAAAGCCUUUCCUCGUCAACCAAGAAAAGAUAAAUGCAAUCGUAGCAUUUCUGGGUUAUCUCUUUUAACCAGACAAAGAUAAACCAAGUCAGUCACAAGUUUAUGCAUUUAUGUUGCCCAAUAAUCGAAAAUAUUACCAGCCGGAGUGUUUAAUUUGAUUUAAUUUCCCAACCUGCCUUUUCUAGUUAGUUGCAAUUUGAUGAUUGUUGGGGCAGUACUAUCGGCAUAUGAUCAAUAUAUAUUUAUAUAAUGAUAUAAUGAAUGCGGAAUGCCAAUUAUAUAAGUAAAUGCAAUAAACAUAAUUAUGAUGUAUGAUGUAUACUGUAGUCUAAAGCUGAAUCGUAUAUGACUUGGUUUUUUUUUACCAACUAAAAACAAAACAAGAAUCACAAUAAAAACAAACUGAAAUCCAA